GCGAGAUGGAACCCUGUAAGCCUCACAAGGAGCCCUUGCAUGCUGGAACACGAUAACCCGCUCAACCCCCCCGCCCCCACUCCCAUCCCUCCCUUCCUGCCUCCCUUCCUGCCCUGCCCAUUUCGAACGCUGUGCAUAAUGGAUAUAUGUGUAAUGGGUGCGGGGUAUGGGCCGUGUGUACGGCGUGCAGGAGAGCGAGGAGCGGUGGAAGUACGCGCUGCACGGCAGCGAGCUGGGCGUGUGGGACUGGAACGUGCGCGACAACACCCUCGAGCUCAGCGACCAGUGGAAGGCGCUGCUCGGCUACUCGCCGGACGAGCUGGAGGCGACGGUGGAGGCGUGGGAGGGGCCUGCUGCACCCCGACGACGCGGCGUCGGCGUUCAUCGACCUCAAGGCGCACCUGGACGGCCGCACGCCCGUCUUCGUGCACGAGCAGCGCCUACGCUGCAAGGACGGGUCGUACCGUUGGCUGCUGCACCGCGGGCAAGUGGUGGCGCGAGGGGAGAGCGGCGAGCCGCUGCACUUUGUGGGCACGCAUGCGGACGUGACGGACCGGAAGCAGACGCACGCUGCUGUCGUGGCCGCUGACAGCGCUAACGCCCGCCUCAGAACUGCCGAGGCUGGCCUGUUCGCCAAGCUGGACCAUGAGGUUCGGGAGCCAAUCACGAGUGUGCUGGAGAGCACCAAGGCGCUCAAGGAUGCGCCGGAGCUCACUGACGAGCACCGGGCGGCAGUGAAUCAGAUCGAGGAGAGCGGGCGGCAGCUGGCGUCUGUUGUGGCAGACGCUCUGGACAGCAGCAUCAUUGAGGCAGGCGGCUGGACGCCCAAGCUGGCACUCACUACCGUGGCUGAGAUGGCGGAGGCGGCAGCGGAGGCGAUGGCGGCGUCAGCGGAGAGCAAGGGGCUGGAGGUGGUGGUGGACGCAUCGCCCGACGCCCCGCCCUUCAUCCUCGCUGACUCCACGCGCACCCUCCAGGUACUGGUGUCGCUGCUCUCCCUGGCCAUCCAGUGCACGUCGCGUGGCUUUGUGCGGCUGCGCAUCUACAAGGAGACGCCACCAGCAGCAGCGGGCGGCAAGUCCAUUGUGCUCGUGGCGUCCGUGGAGUCCCCCGCAGCUCCCGCUGCUCUCUCCGCUGCCUUUGAGGCCAACCAGGGAGGCCUGCUGGCGGCUAAGAUGCUGGUGGAGGCGAUGGGGGGAGCCAUCACGCUGGUGGCGGAGCAGCACCGUGUGCCGUCCAUCGCAGUCAAGUUCCCCGUGGACCUCACCCGACCGGAGUUCCAGAGCGCCGUGGUGCUGCGCCCCUCUGCACCGCCCGUCAUCGAGCAGCCGCUCCGGCAGUCGCGCGUGCUCGUGGUGGGCGCGCUGCAGGUGACAACAGCAGCCAUAGCCAAGCAGCUGCACGCGUGGCACGUGCCCCACAGCACCAGCAGCAGCACGCCAGAAGAAGCCUUCCUCUCACUCUUCCCCGCACACGCCCUCCCCCCAGUCAUGACCUCCCCGGCCAAUCCCCCCCCACAACCUUCCCGGACGGAACCCCCCGCGACGGCCUCUCUCUAGACUACGACCUAGUGGUAGUGGACUGCUCUCAAAAGAAGCAGGUGCAGGGGGACCCGGAUAUGCUGGCGGUGCUGCAGCUGCUGGCGAGGGACCGCGUGGGCGUGGUGCUGCUGCUGAGCCGGACCGUGGCGAGGGACCCGGGGUUCAGGAAGGAAGUGGAGGCGGCUGCGGACUGGCAUGGGCAGGCGCCCGUGCUGCUGGCGAAACCAAUGGUGCGUCCCAGGGCUCUCCUGGAGGCAUUAGAGGACGCACUCCUGCUGCUCCCCGGCAACGACCACGCGCUGUCGGACCUGCGGGGCGCGGCGCACGACAGCGAGGAGAAGGACAAGCAGGCGGCGGACCAGGCGCUCAAGGAGGGCAAGGGCGCCAUCGAGCGGGCCACACAGGGGGGCGCGCUGCAGGGCCGCGCACUCGUGGCGGAUUGCAACGCCGCGGAUCGCAGGGUGCAGAGCGGCUGUGUGCGGCCAUGGGGCUGGCAGUGGAGGGGGUGAGCUCGGUGGUGCGAGCCAUGGAGCGCAACCAGGCGGCGGGCUUCGACCUCAUCCUCAUCAACACGCAGAUGCCUGGAGUGGACCUCCCUGCAGUGCUGCAGGCCCUGCAGAGCGACCACCGCCGACGGGGUGCCACUCGCGCUCUCAUUGUCGUCGGCCUUUGCACAGGCCUCGAUGAGAAGCAGAGGGCUGCUCACCUUGCAGAGGGUCUCUCAGAGGCUCUGCCCAAGCCAUUUACCAUUGGCGCACUGGAGUCUGUUCUUCGCUCCUUCCUGCCCCCGCAGUGAUGGUAGCUGCUCGGGACCGGGAUGAGAGGAGGGAGGAUGCAGUCAACAAACAUAUAUUCUGUAUACAGCUAUCUAGUUAGUUUAGAUAUGUUAUAGCCUAGUUAGAUCAGUUCUUAAAGGAGACAAUAUUUGUACUUGUAUCUCCCCUCCCCUCAGAGUCACUUUCCCCGUACUCGAACAUGGUAUUGAGCUAGGUUAGAUUUUUUCCCACUGUUACUCAUGCUUCUGUUGCUGUAGACUCUUUUUGCUUGUUUCCCUCUCAAAUCCCGUGCCCUGUAG